GUAGCACGGAGGGUAUUCGCGUAAUUAAGCACAAGAAGAAGAAAUGCGAGGGGUUGGGGGUCCAUUGCUGUGCAUCGGCGAUCUCCUGAGCGACGUCGGCGACGACGAUGUCCUCGAUUGGGCCCACAAAGAAGACGCAGCGGAACCGUCUUCCCCAUCUUCUCCGGCCGCCGGCGAUCUCUCUCUCGGCCCUCUCCGCCCCUCCGAUCUCCAUCGAUUAUUUGAGGAGAACUACAGCGAGUUGAUCAAGUCGUUAGAAGGAAAUGAUCACUCAUGGACAGUUUUAACCCUGAAGGUAUGUGAUGCGCUAAAGACUACAAACAAGUUGGUUAGUUGUGCCAAUUCAAACAUCGAGUCGCUUCUUGAAAAGGUAGAAGUUCUUGAACACAUUCUGAAGCGAGGUGAUAAUGCUGUAGCUACUGCAGAAGCUAUGCAGUAUGCGGACGAGGGAGUUGCUUAGGAAAACAUAACCGAGUUGUUCAAAUGUUGGGUCUGAGUUGUGAGCUUUUAAGUACAUGUUUUCUGAAUGGACUGCUAAAAUUUCUUGAGGUAUAAUGCUGUCACAAGCUAUGAUUCCUUGAUCCAUCUUCUGUAUUUGCUCUCCAAAGUGAUAAUCUUAUGUAUAAGGACUACUUUGGCUAUCAAUUGAUUGAAUAACAAGGUAUAAAUUUUAGACUUUUA